CUGAGAAAGUUUUGUGGAUACGAACGAACCUACGCUCUACCAACCACAGAAUCCGUCUGUUGACUAAAAAAAUGUCUUCUGCUGCUGAGACUCCUGCCACCACGGCACCUGCUCCCGAGAAGGUCGCUGAGACUCCCGUUGCUGAGCCUGUUCAGGCGUCUACGGAGUCUGAGGCUUCUAAGACUGAAGCUGCUCCCACCGUUGCUACUCAAGAGGCGGUUCCUCCUUCGGAGGAGGAGCUGGAAAUUUUGAAACAAGUUGAGUUCUAUUUCUCGGACAGUAACUUCCCUCAGGACAAGUUUUUGUGGACGACAGCACAGAAGAACAACGGCUGGGUUCCCAUUGCCGUUAUUGCUGCUUUCAAAAGAAUGAAGCGUUUCCAACCCUUGGAAAAGGUUGUUGGUGCUCUCCGGAAGAGCAAGGAAUUGCUUGAGGUGGAUGAGAAGGGUGAAAAUGUCCGCCGUAAGGUUCCUUUGCUUCCUCCGACCAAAACCGGUGCUGGUCCUAUCUUGGAAAGAAGCGUCUACGCUAAGGGUUUCGGUGAGGAGACAGCUACUACUCAGUUUGAUGUGGAAAAAUUGUUUGAGAGCCAGUCCGAAGCUGUUGCCAGUGUCCGUCUUCGCCGUGCCGACGACAACGCUUUCAAGGGAAGCGUCUUUGUUGAAUUCAAGACGGCUGAUGCUAUGAAUGCCUUUUUAGAGAAGGUUAAGGUGACACCUCUGCAAUGGAACGGUCAAGAUCUUACUAUUAUGAGCAAAAAGGCCUAUGUUGAUAUGAAGGCUGAACAAUACAAGGACGCUCCUCCCAAGCAAGGAAACUUCCGGAGACGCAGACGGUUCGAUGCCUUCAAGCUUAUGGACCAUGGUAAGUCUGGCAACCGUCAGCACCAAAAGCGCAAGCGCAACUUCCACCGUCAAGACAAGGAGAAGAAGUAGACGGAAUCUACUACUUACUUUUUGAAUUUUAUACUCCUGUCCAGGUGUCCAACGGACAUCGGAAAGAAAUGGCUAGUGAGUGAACGGUGUGUAACGUACUGUUCACACUAGCCAAAGAUCGAUCGAUACCUUUGGCAUCGGGGGCUGUUUUACUACUUUUUACAAUUUUUUUAAAUGGGUUUUUGGGGAAUUGUUUAUAACCGGACCGGCUUGCGACUGCUCAUCACUGUAUGCACUUGUCGCUGAUUAAUGAA